CACAUAAAUCAAGUUCAAAUUAAUCGUACAAAAAUCGAACAUGGCGUACGAAGAAGAAGAACAAGCAAAGGACUAUGUCCUAAAAUGCAUCUUCAAGGCGUUCGAAUUGUACAUGAUGAGAUGUGCCAUCAACCUAGGAAUUCCCGAAAUGGUCAAAAACCACCCCGCCGGCGCCGUGACGCUGCCGGAGCUCUCGUCGGCGUUGGAUUGCUCGCCGUCAUUGCUCCACCGUGUCAUGAGGUACCUGACUCACCACGGCAUCUUCAAAGAGGUGAAAACCGGCAAACAAGAAGAUUCACCGGCUGGUUAUGCCCAAACGGCUAUUUCCUGCGCUCUCUUAAAAGACAACUUUGCCCCUAUUCUUCGAGUUUGUAGUAGCCCGGAGUUGGUCACCCCGUUCUUGCGACUCAACGCGUUCUUGACAUCAAAGAAUAGCGACAUCAGCGCUUUCGAAGCAGCCAACGGCGCGGAUUUAUGGAAGUAUAAUGCGGCCAAUCGCUCUUUUAGCGAGUUGUUCAACGAGGGGAUGGCGUGCGUGGCGAAGUUCACAGUGUCAAAUGUAAUCGAGGAUUGCGCCUACGUAUUCGAGGGGAUCAACACGUUGGUCGACGUUGGUGGUGGUAACGGCACGACAUUGCGCGCCAUUGUAAAGGCAUGCCCGUGGAUCACUCGCGCUGUCAAUUUCGAUCUUCCACACAACGUCUCGUCCUUUUCAUCCGACCACGACGAUCGGAUCGAGCACGUAGGUGGCGACAUGUUUGUGUCUAUUCCAAGCGCCGACACUACUUUUUUAAUGACAGUAUUGCACGAUUGGGACGAUGAAUCCUGUGUGAAGAUCUUGAAGAAUUGUGGGGAGGCAAUUCCAAAGGGGAGCGGGAAAGUGAUAAUUGUGGAUAUUGUGGUCGAUGAUGAUAAGGAUGUCGACGAUGCCGACAACCUUAACAAGAAAAACCGCAGAGAUUAUCAUAUGGCUUUGGACAUAGCAAUGAUGGCACAUACGAGCAAAGGAAAAGAGAGGACAUGGAAAGAAUGGACCAAAGUUCUAACAUCAGCUGGAUUCACUCGUCACACCAUUAAACACUUAGCGGCUGCACCUCAAUCUGUCAUCGUUGCAUAUCCCUCGACAUCGAUUUAAAUGAAAAUUUCAAAUGAAUGUCGAAUGUUCAAUCAAUAAAAUUGUUGUUUUCUUGGAUAUUUUCUUUAUGUGAUUCUUCAAAUUUAGUUGUGUCA